CGCACAUCCUAACAGCUCAGUCAGAAGGCUAGUGCUAACGCGCCACUGAUCGUACGUGUCGUAGCUAGCAUUUUCCCCCGUAUUUGUAGUCCUGGCCCGCAUCCACCAGCUUGAUCCCAUUUUCUGGUUGUUGUCUGGGAUGUAUGGAUGGAUAGUUGACGGCAUUUCAUCGCUGUUUGAGCCCCUCGCUGGGCAGAAGUUGACCGAGUGUCCAGUGGAGGAAGGCGCCCGUAGCAGCAGCACGCGCGGGGGGAAUAACGGCAGAGCGGCUAAACGGAGCUACCACAGCAUUGACAUAAAUGAAAGUGUUUACACAAGUGAGGUGGAGGCCAAACGACGAAAGCGAGAUGUAGUCCUAAGCUUUGUAAAGAAGACCGUAGCUAGAGUCGCUGGUCUCCUCAGGUUGCGGAGGCCAGUAAAGAACAGCUACCAGCACUCCCAGUAUGAAGACACUCAGCUUGUUGCCCCAAUGGGGAUAGAUGAGCUCCACACCUCCUGCAUUACCAAGUCUGACUGGAUAAUGGAUAAACCAGGUGGAGCUAACAAUCCCUUUAAAACCGCUUCUCCUCCUUUGAUGAGGAAGCACAGUGGUGGUGGUAGUCUGCAUGACAGGGACAGAAGAGGCUCCCUCCAGCUGCUCCAGUCCAGAUCCGCUCUGAGGCUGGGGUCCAGCACUGUGGACCCUGUGAGCUCCAGCUAUGGACACAACCGCUGCUACAAGCCUAAUCUCACUGUGGAGGAGACUAUUAGACAGAAUAACAAAGAACACUACAGGCGUUUGCUGGAGAUGGUGUCGGAGAAGUACAGCAAGAAUCAACCACUACCUUUUAACCAAUCAAAGCCACAGGAUGAAUUAUCAUCCAAAACAGAACAUACAACUACCCAUAAGCCCUUUGGCCCCAAGAAGACUGGACAAACUAUGGGCCCUGCUGUAUUUACACGGAGGAACCAAACUCCGAGGGGCAGAUGGUGUGCUGCCAAUUUUAGUAACUCAUUCAGUGGGCCUGUUGAAGAUGCACAACAUGCACAGAGCACCAAGCAGAAGCAGAGUGCAGAUGUGGACCUGUCUACUGAAAUGGCCACUCGUCUGAACCUGGUGGAAAAAGCCCCUCCCUCUGCUGUGUGCCUUCCGGAGCCCUACUCUGCUCACAGCGCACACGUGAGAUACACUGAGGAAGAUGUACCCAGACUGAGCAAGGAAAUGGCAGCUGAAGUGAGUUCUGCUUUGUCUCAGAGGGAUCCCAAUCUGGUGUUAAGUGCUGCUUUUAAACUACGCAUCACUCAAAGGGACUUGGCCACACUGCAGGAAGGAGGCUGGCUCAAUGAUGAAGUGAUAAACUUCUACCUGUCCCUGGUGAUGGACAGGAGCUCUGGAGGAGGGCUCAGGGUGUACUCCUUCAGCACAUUUUUUUUCCCAAAGCUGCAAGGGCUGGGUGGGGGGCAGAGCGGGGGACAUGCAGCAGUCAAGCGUUGGACCAAAGCUGUGGACCUGUUCCUCUGUGACCUGAUCCUGGUCCCUCUGCACCUGGGAGUCCACUGGGCACUGGCCGUAAUCGACCUCAAAUCCAAGACUGUGAAGACGUACGACUCCAUGGGACAGAGGCAUGACGACGUCUGUAAACUGUUACUAUUCUAUAUUCAAGAGGAGCACAAAGUGAAGAAAGGCCGAGACCUGGAUGUCAGUAAAUGGACUGUCUGUAGCAUGAGACCCAGUGAGAUACCCCAACAGAAGAACGGAAGCGACUGUGGAGUCUUUGCUUGUAAAUAUGCAGACUAUAUAGCAAGGGAGCGACCUCUUACCUUUAAACAGUGCCACGUGCCUCUCUUCCGAAAGUUGAUGAUUUGGGAGAUCCUCCAUCAAAAGCUGCUCUAGAAGUUGGCAACCGCUUGACUUUUUAAAACCGCACAGUAAUGGAAUGAAUGUAUGUUUAAGAAGAAUAUACAUAUGGGCCAAAGAUGUGGACAUUUCACAUUAUAAGUCUUAACAAUUUUGUAAGUCUGUUAAAAUGUAUGCGAUCUAAUUCCAUUAAUUUAUCUCUAAGUUUUAAUUGGAGAAUGAUUUGAUGGGAUUGAUGAGGUGUUACAUGCUUGGGUACUACUACUACUGACGUUUGCAGUCUCAAGUGCCUUCCGUCCUAAGCAGAUUUGUUUUUAAAGUUAAAAUUAAGAACAAUUAACUGCGGUAUCAUCCUAUUAAAACAUGUGAGAUUGUAAUGUGUUAUUUAUAGAAUGACUGAAUCAUAUUGGGAGUGUAAAUAGCUGCUGUUAGGGGCUAAAAUGUGAAGCUUUACAUUUUUUCUUGGAAUAGAGGCAGUUCUUGGUUUUACAUUUAUUACUGUAAUUACUUAGCAUUCUACUGUACAAAGCUGCUUUUUUGGUUUUGUUUUAAUUCAUAUUUUAAAAUGUGACAUACUCCCUGGCUUUGCUGCCUAUGAUUGUAAUAAAGUAUGUCUCUGUAAUUU